UUACAUAGUGUUGGAAACAUUUUGUGAUUCGAAAAAAGUCUGUUUUGGGACAUAGCGGUCUCCGUAUGAUACAACAUUACUGCCGGGUCAAAGGCCGAAGGGUUGCUUCCGGUCAAGAUGGCGGCUACUAAGCGUGUUCUUUAUGUCGGCGGGCUCGCGGAGGAGGUGGAUGAGAAGGUCCUGCACGCGGCAUUUAUCCCGUUUGGAGAUAUCACGGACAUCCAGAUACCCCUCGAUUAUGAGACAGAAAAGCACAGAGGGUUCGCCUUCAUCGAGUUUGAAUCGGCAGAGGAUGCCGCUGCAGCCAUCGAUAACAUGAAUGAGUCUGAACUCUUUGGCAGAACAAUCAGAGUGAACAUUGCUAAGCCCAUGAGGAUAAAGGAAGGUUCUUCUCGGCCAGUAUGGUCAGAUGAUGAUUGGCUGAAGAAGUUCUCUGGGAAGACCGCAGAGGAAGCAGAGGGGGCGGAGCCAGCUGGGGAAGAUGUCAGCAAGGAAACACAGGAGGGCGAGCCCCCUGCAAAGAAGGGCAGGACCAACCCCCAAGUCUACAUGGACAUCAAAAUUGGCAACAAGCCAGCGGGCCGCCUACGCUUCCUCCUCCGAGCUGACGUCGUUCCCAUGACCGCUGAGAACUUCCGCUGCCUGUGCACCCACGAGAAGGGCUUUGGGUACAAAGGUAGCAGCUUCCACCGCAUCAUCCCGCAGUUCAUGUGCCAAGGUGGAGACUUCACCAACCAUAACGGCACUGGGGGCAAAUCCAUCUACGGCAAAUCCAAGUUCGACGACGAGAACUUUGUUCUCAAACAUACCGGCCCAGGCCAGCUCUCCAUGGCCAAUUCAGGCCCGAACACCAACGGCUCACAGUUCUUCAUCACCUGCGACAAGACAGACUGGCUAGACGGGAAGCAUGUGGUGUUUGGGGAGUUGAUGGAGGGUCAGGAGGUGCUGCGAGCCAUGGAGGCACAAGGUAACAAAGAUGGAAAGACCAAGCAGAAGGUGAUCAUUUCAGACUGUGGAGAAUAUGUGUGAUGGGGGGUGAACUGACACCAACGGCUGGGUCUUAAGGUACAUUGGAUGGUUCCUUGGAUACUGGACCUGCUACUGUUGCCCCAGGAAACGAGCUCAUGAGGAGUCCAUGAAGAUUCCCCCCCUCUCUUCCUGGGGGGCUAUGAAAGCCAUGUAAAUACUUUGUGAAUAAAUUUUUUUAUGCUCACAUGA